AUGGCAGCACACGACGACGCGGCAAGACCGGCGUCAGCCCGUCUCGCCGACUCGGCCUACCACUCGCCGUACGCGCGGUCCGGCGCGCCGCGCCCCCAUCCCAACACCGACCCGUACGCAGCCCUCCGCGGCCGCGCCCUCUCCACCCUCGAGGCCAUGGGCUUCGACGCCAACACCAUGGUCGAGCACGGCGUCCUCUGGGCCGAGCACCAGGACCCCUUCGGCCACGUCAUGCAGGGCCAGUACAUGGCCUUCCUGGGCGCCUGCUUCUGGCGCGUCAUGGAGAGCUACGACGAGUUCCUGAGCAAGGAGGAGUGCGACGGCAUGAUCCACGCCCGCACCGUCAUCCCCGUCGUGCGCAGGUACGAGCUCGACAUUCGCCGCCAGGUCAAGUAUCCCGACUCGGAUCGCAUAGAGCCCACGCGAAACCAUGGCACUACCGUGCUCUUCUCCCUCAAGCAGCAGGCGAUUGUCGCACAGGUCCGGGGCUCGACCACCUACGUUGAUGCCAAAACCGGCCGCCCCGUGGACAUUCGCACACUGGGAGGUGGUUUUCCGGCCUUUUACCAAGGCUUCACCAAGAAAUCUGAACGCGCGAACCAGCUCAAGGAGAAGUGGGAAAAGGAGCAUCCUAGAUCCUCAAAGAGCACAGAGUCUAAAAUUUGA